AUGUCUGACUCCGAUUUCGAAGCCGUCCGGAGGCUCCAAGCUGAGCGGAAUGCCGCUGCAGCUGGAAAAAAAGGUUCUAGGACCUUUGAUCCGUCUAGCCAGCGCACUGACAACUCGACCAAGGCCUCCCUGACUGAAUCCUUCGACACCACCCUUUACGAACGCGAAGGCGCCGACAAGUUUGCGGGCUACGACACUUCGAUCGCUGUCAAUGGUGAUGACGAGGAGAUGGAGGAUGCGGAUGGUGGCCACCGUCUGGUGGGACAGUAUACCGCAACCAAGAAUCAGAUGGAUGAAUUUGCCCACGGUAAUGGAGUGGAGGAGGAAGACAUACUUCUCGGUCGCGAGAAGGCGGCGAGGAUUGCAGACCGCGAGACAGACUACCAAAAGCGCCGAUUCAACCGUGGCCCUUUGACCCCCACCAGAGCGGACCCUUUCGCUGCGAACACUCAUGCGAACGUUGAGGGAGAGGGCCAGACAUAUCGUGAAGUCAUGGCUCUGCGUGAGCUUGAAAAAGAAGAAGAGCGUGUUCAGAAGCUGAUCGCAGAAAAACAGGCCAGUGGCGAGGACGAUGUCGCAGAACAUGAGGCCACGUUGAAGUUGGAGGACAAAGAAAACGCUGACGCCGGCUCGACCGUCUCCGUUGCUACGGGACGCAAGCGCAAGCAACGAUGGGAUGUGGCUUCCGAGUCGACCGAAGCAGCUCCUGAGGCUCCCGAGUCCCAGGAGGCAAAGAAGAAAUCACGCUGGGAUCAAACGCCCUCCCUUGCUGUCCCGGGCGCCGCCGAGGAAGCGCCUAAGCGUCGAUCGCGAUGGGACCAGGCGCCAUCUAUCACAUCAGCCACGCCUGUUGGCAACCAGGGGCUUGCAACUCCCAUGCAUCCUUCACAAGCAGGUGCAGCGCUGAUUCCAACCAGCUUUGGAACUGAUAUCUCUGGCCGCAAUGCCCCCUUGUCGGAUGAGGAGCUUGACAUGAUGCUCCCGGGCGAGGCCGAUGGCUACAAAACCCUUGACCCCCCUCCGGGAUACGCGCCAAUCCGAAACCCCGCAAGAAAACUCAUGUCGACACCAGCUCCCAUGGCAAGCGCGACGGGUGUGGGGGGGUUCAUGAUGCAAGAACCUGAAAGCGCCCGAGCUCUAGGCAAGCAGCUCCCAACAGAAAUCCCAGGAGUCGGCGAUCUUCAGUUCUUCAAACCCGAGGAUAUGGCAUACUUCGGAAAGCUUAUGGAAGGUGGAGAUGAGAGCGUGAUGUCCGUAGACGAGCUGAAGGAGCGAAAGAUCAUGAGGCUGCUGUUGAAGGUCAAAAAUGGUACACCACCAAUGAGAAAGACUGCCCUGCGUCAACUCACAGAUAACGCGCGUCAAUUUGGGGCCGGUCCCUUGUUUAACCAAAUCCUUCCGUUGCUCAUGGAGAAGUCGCUUGAGGACCAAGAGCGUCAUUUGUUAGUCAAGGUUAUCGAUCGUGUUCUCUACAAGCUGGAUGAUCUUGUCCGCCCCUAUGUGCAUAAGAUUCUCGUCGUCAUUGAGCCGUUACUCAUUGACCAGGAUUAUUAUGCUCGUGUUGAAGGUAGAGAGAUCAUCUCCAACCUAGCAAAGGCAGCAGGUCUUGCUACCAUGAUCAGUACCAUGCGUCCAGAUAUCGAUCAUGUUGAUGAGUAUGUCAGAAAUACAACCGCACGAGCAUUCGCCGUGGUCGCCUCUGCACUUGGUAUUCCCGCUCUCCUUCCCUUCCUCCGUGCUGUGUGUCGCAGUAAGAAGUCUUGGCAGGCAAGGCACACUGGUGUCAAGAUUGUCCAGCAAAUCCCCAUUCUUAUGGGUUGUGCUAUUCUUCCUCAUUUGAAGGGUCUGGUGGACUGCAUUGCCGAUAAUCUUAGUGAUGAGCAAGCCAAGGUCAGAACGGUUACCGCUUUAGCAGUAGCAGCCUUAGCUGAGGCCGCUAACCCGUAUGGUAUCGAAAGCUUUGAUGAAAUCCUCAAUCCUCUUUGGACGGGUGCUAGGAAGCAGCGUGGUAAAGGUCUAGCUGCAUUCCUCAAGGCUGUUGGAUAUAUCAUUCCUCUCAUGGACGAGGAGUAUGCCAAUUACUAUACCAGUCAAAUCAUGGAAAUUUUGCUCCGAGAGUUCUCUUCCCCGGAUGAGGAGAUGAAGAAGGUUGUUCUUAAAGUAGUGUCUCAGUGCGCCAGCACUGAUGGUGUGACGGCCGGCUACCUGAAAGAGCACGUUUUGACCGACUUCUUCAAGAGCUUCUGGGUAAGGCGCAUGGCCCUUGACAGGAGGAACUACCGCCAAGUUGUGGAUACCACCGUCGACCUUGGACAGAAGGUUGGCGUGGGCGAGAUCCUCGAGCGCGUCGUCAACAAUCUGAAAGAUGAGAGCGAGCCUUACCGGAAGAUGACGGUGGAAACUGUUGAGAAGCUCAUUGCAGCCCUAGGCGCGGCAGAUAUAUCCGAGAGGCUGGAGGAGAGACUUAUCGAUGGUGUUCUUUACGCCUUCCAGGAGCAGAGUAUUGAGGAUAUUGUGAUCCUGAACGGGUUUGGAACCGCGGUCAACGCACUUGGCACUCGUUGCAAGCCGUAUCUUCCACAGAUCGUCAGUACUAUUCUUUGGAGAUUGAACAACAAGUCCGCCACUGUUCGUCAGCAGGCUGCAGACCUCAUUUCUCGUAUUGCAAUGGUUAUGAAGCAGUGCGGAGAGGAUGCACUGAUGGGUAAGCUUGGUAUUGUACUCUACGAGUACCUGGGUGAAGAAUACCCAGAGGUCCUUGGUUCCAUUCUGGGUGCUCUACGUUCCAUUGUCACCGUUGUCGGUAUCAACCAGAUGCAACCACCCAUUCGAGACUUACUUCCUCGCCUUACGCCCAUCCUGCGAAACCGUCAUGAAAAGGUCCAGGAAAACACCAUCGACCUUGUCGGCCGUAUUGCGGACCGUGGCCCCGAGUCUGUCAAUGCUCGGGAAUGGAUGCGUAUCUGUUUCGAGUUGCUUGACAUGUUGAAGGCUCACAAGAAGGGUAUCCGUCGUGCGGCAAACAACACUUUCGGUUUCAUCGCCAAGGCAAUUGGUCCCCAAGAUGUUCUGGCAACACUGCUUAACAACCUACGUGUACAAGAGCGUCAGUCACGUGUUUGUACUGCUGUCGCUAUUGGUAUCGUGGCUGAAACUUGCGCCCCGUUCACUGUCCUUCCAGCACUGAUGAACGAAUACCGCGUACCUGAAUUGAACGUCCAGAACGGUGUUUUGAAGGCCAUGUCCUUCUUGUUCGAGUACAUCGGCGAAAUGGCAAAGGACUACGUUUACGCCGUUACGCCCCUUCUCGAGGAUGCUCUUAUUGAUAGAGACCAAGUGCAUCGACAGACCGCCGCCAGCGUUGUCAAGCACAUUGCUUUGGGUGUGGUCGGUCUCGGGUGUGAAGAUGCAAUGGUCCAUCUUCUCAACUUAGUAUUCCCCAACAUCUUUGAAACCAGUCCUCACGUUAUCGACCGUGUUAUUGAAGCCAUUGAUGCUAUCCGUAUGGCUGUUGGCACGGGAGUGGUCAUGAACUAUGUCUGGGCAGGUCUGUUUCACCCUGCUCGUAAAGUCCGUACACCAUAUUGGCGGCUUUAUAACGAUGCAUAUGUGCAAAGCGCGGAUGCAAUGAUUCCAUAUUAUCCGACCUUGGAAGAUGAUGGCUUGGAGAGAUCUGAAUUGUCCAUAAUAGUUUAA